GGUGCCGAGGCGUUGAGUUGACCGGAAACGCUGCUUCCGGUUGAAACUCGCAGUGAGACAAGGCCGAGAGAAUGUGGUCAACUUGGCUUCUUCCGUUGACCCUACUGAGCAGUGGUACAGUUCCGGUAGAAAAGGUUGAACACCAGCAGACGAACGGUAGCCGCAACGCGUUGCGAAACGUGGACAUCAUCAGCGUCGAGGAAAUUCUGCUGUUGAAUCGGCAUUUCGUGGACUAUCUAGCAGCGAUAAACGACCAAACUCUUCAGGAUGCUAGCGAUCGUCAAUGUGCGAUCACCUUGCAACAGUUGGCCGUGGCUUAUCUGGAACGUGAGAGAAUAGGGUUGGAGUGGUUCGAUUCCUGGGGAAAGGUUCCGUCAGGGUUGUACCAUGAGAAUGGAAACGCACUGGGAAACGUUGAUCAGUGCCGAGGGAUCGAGCCAAUCCGGAUGCAGCAUUGCACAUUCAUCGGAUUGUUUCCAAGUGAGAUAGGACUGCUGUUUUCAGGUUUGUGUGUUCCACAUUCCUGUAGUCCGGACUUUGUACAGCAACUGUACGGAGAUUACUUGAACAGCCAAGGAGGUAUGGUGGUACCGGUGUUCGAGCAGGAGUCGCUCUGUAUUAGGGAUGAGGAAGUGCGGUACGAUGGAGCCAUGAUUACAGCCAUUGUCAUCAGCUCUAUCAUCGGCCUGUGUGUUCUGAGCAGUACUAUGUACGAAUUAAUCAUACUAGGAAUGAAGCGCGAGAUCAACCCAUUGUACAGCUCCUUCUCAUUGCUGGGAAACGUGCGGAGCAUUCUACACCUGGUGCCACGCGUCAAAAAUACACAACAGAAAUCCAGCAUGGUCGAGUGUGCCCACGGCAUCCGAUCACUGUCCAUGAUCUGGAUCAUAGUACUCCACGUACACGACAUGGCGAACACAAAGCCCUGGGAGAACGAUCCAGCGCGGGUGGAAUAUCUCAGAGGUUUCUGGGCUUCCUUACUGCAUUACAGUGGUAUGUUGGCCGUGGACACGUUCCUCGUGCUCAGCGGAAUGCUUGUGGCGAUGAGCAUGCUAAGGGAGCUCGAUAAAAAGGGCAAAAUCAACCCGUUGAUGCUGUAUUUGCAUCGUUACAUCCGUAUCACGGCUCCGUUAGCUCCACUUAUACUGUUCGUAGUUUCUUUUGCGGUUUACAUGGGAGAAGGCGUGUUCUGGAAGGUGAACUUCGAUUUUCUGAAGUCAGGCUGCUUGGACAAUUGGUGGGCUGCUCUCCUACACAUUCAGAACUACGUAGAUCCCCAGAACAUGUGCUUGCCAUGGACGUGGUACCUCUCCGUGGAUAUGCAGCUGUACAUCAUCGCACCGGCCCUAAUCUACCCACUGUGGCGAUACGGGAAGCGAGUACUGUUGGUUAUCGGCGGGCUUGCCGUACUAUCGAUGGUAUGCGUACUGACCACCUUCCUCGUCAACGAAUUCCGGAUGAAUUUUUUCGUCCCGGACAUAGAUAAUCGAAAGCAUGCGCUAACCUACUACGCAACGCACGCCCGAAUGGCCGUUUGGCUAUGGGGACUUGGCUUCGGAUACAUUCUUCACAAGACCAGGGAGACCGGUGUGAAUCUGCCCAAACGAUACUGGAUCGUCGGAUGGGUCGCCUGCUUCACUCUGCUCGGAUUGAUCAUCUUCUCCAACUACCAAAUCCACACCACAAAUGUCGAUGACUUUUCGCAUGUGAUCGACGCUUUCUACGAACCGCUUUCCCGAUCCGUAUUCGCUGUGUGCGUGAUGUGGAUAAUCCUGGCCUGCGUAAACGGCAAAGGCGGUCUGCUGGAUGAGUUUUUGGGAGCUUCUAUGUGGCAGCCGCUAUCGCGGUUAUCGUUCACCAUGUAUCUGCUACACGUUUUACUGCUGGUGAUGGCUUCGAUAGCACCGUCCAAAACGAGCGCCUAUUUCAGUGUAAUCGAUAUGUUCUACCGGAUAUGGGGAGCCAUUGGAUUGACGACCAGUGUAACGCUGCUGUGGAGUGCUAUCUUUGAAGUUCCGUUCGGAACGCUCGAUAGGUUACUGUUGCGGAGCUGAGCGUCGUCAGCAGAUGUACGACCGGAAUGUGAUAUUCAGAUUGUUGAUAAUUCUCAAAUACAGGACAAAUGCUCUUAGCCUUUCAAACUCAUAAAGCAUUGUCCAUUAAGAAUCCAUACGCUUACCUUACC